AUGCAGUUCAAGACUCUUCUCCCCACCCUCGCCAUCCUGGCCUCCACUGCCUCGGCAUGGAACAGAAUCGACAAGGACAACGCUGCCCUCCUGGUCAUCGACCACCAAGUCGGUCUCGCUCAGCUCGUCCGCGACUACAGCACCAACGACUUCCGCAACAACAUGCUGGCGCACUCCGCUCUGGGCCCGCUCUUCGACCUGCCCACCGUCCUGACCACCUCGUCGGACCAGGGCCCCAACGGCCUCAUGCUCAAGGAGAUCGUGGACAUGCACCCCAACGCCACGCUGGUGCAGCGCCAGGGCGAGGUCAACGCCUGGGACAACAAGGCGUUCCGGGAGGCCGUCAAGGCGACUGGCAAGAAGCAGUUGAUUAUCGGUGGUAUUGUUACGGAAGUUUGCACCGCCUUCCUGGCCCUCUCGCUCGUCGACGAAGGGUACGAGGUCUUCGCCAACACCGAGGCCAGCGGCACCUUUGACGUGAAGCUGGCGGAGGACGCCAAUCGCCGCAUGGAGCGCGCCGGCGUCACCCUGAUGGGUCUGUUUGGCAUCGUGACUGAUCUCAUGCGCGACUGGCGUGCUAAGCCCGGUCUUGACGAGGUUCUGCCCUACCUGGACAAGUACCAGUUCGCGUACGGACUGGCGGCCCGUCACCACGCCGGAGCGCUGCGCAACGGAACUUUGUUCCCGGUUGAGGAGCUGCUGAUCUAG